AUGGAAAGUGCUGCUGUGGUCGUAGAUGGUGGAGAUGCAGUGGACAAUUUUGUUACUACGGUGCUACCCAUUGAGGUGGAAGGAUGGGUUACAGAGGAAGAUGCACUAGUAGAGAUAGCAGGAUUAGCUGUAGAUGUGGUUACUUUAGUGGUGAUUGUAGGAUUUGAUGUGAGUGAGCCUUUGCUGGUAGAGGAUGUAGGGUUAACAGUAGAAGACGACCUUGUUAAGGUUGAAGAAUUGGAUGCCGCUUUGGAAGUUAUAACUGUAGAAGCUGAGGAAUAA